AAACCUGUAAAUGAAUGAAAUAUUCUGAUCCCACGUUUCUUCAAUUGUCUUGUAGACUCCCCACUGAUAGGCUAACUUCCACGGCUUACUUUCAGAUGGAUACUUGCAGCAGCAGUGGCACUCCGAAACCAGCACCUCGAACAUCGCUACAGCCUAAGCAACCGCAGUGGUCCGAAGUAGGCAUGACGACUGACACAACUCCAGCGGCGCAGCCAGAAGAGGGAACCACCGAUUUCAAUCGAUGCCGCCUGUGCGCACGAAAUCACGCGUUGCGGGUAUGCCAAGUGUUUCGCGCAAUGCAGCCGACCCAACGUUAUCUGGUCGCACGUGCACACAAAUUUUGCACCAACUGCCUCGCCUUAUCGCAUCACAGCAAGGACUGUCCCUCCGCUGGAAUCUGCAGGCUAUAUGGUCAGUGUCACCAUACCCUACUUCACCGGAAGACGGCACUCAGCAAAAGCUCUCUGCAACACCACGCUCUAGCAUCGCGCAAAAGGCCUUCCGCACAUCGUCCCCACCGUCUACGCCGUACUGAACUCAGCUCUAACAAGCACAAGAGGGUGGCAUAUGGGGCAAAGAGCGAAGAAAAUCAAUACCAUCACCCAGGAAAUCCGCAUCACCAAGGCGAAUGGAAAGCUGUCCAGGAAAUUGCUCCGGGAUGCAAUACGUAAACUGCGGGAGCUAGAGAACAGUAUAGUCGCUUAGCGCGCCUAGGUGCGGGAGAAUAGUUAAACGAGCAACGUCUGUCGUUUAACACCUUGCAACGUAUAUGUUUAUUACCUGAAUUAAUGCGAAUUUUCUUCAACAAUUGAAUUACUCAAACUUUGUAAACAUAUUUUCCUUCAUUGAAUUGUUAAUUCUAAAAGUUAGAUCAUUUCAAAAUUGUUAACACUAAACUUGAGUUAUUCAAAAAUGUUAAAUCUUAUAUUCUUAUGCCUUGCCUCACUACUCGGUACGAGGUGGUUGAAAGGGUAGAUCAAUUUCGUGCACCCAAACUUCCGCGGACUAAUCCUUCGAACAUAAGCUACUCGAGGCCAAGCCCCCCUAACAGUAGGCCAUUCCCUAAACCCCCCACCUCUCAGAACUCUCACAACAACUCCUUUUCCCAAAACCGAGCGCAUAUGACGGAACAACGCACAAAACCAUACAAAUGCCCAAUGUGCAAUAAACCUCAACACACUCUCUCUCAGUGCUCCAAAUUUCGUCAACUGCCAACUCAGGAUCGCAGAAAGUUUGUGAGAGAACACAACCUCUGUUUUAAUUGCCUAUGUCAGACCCAAUUGAUAAAAGACUGCUCAAGUAAAUAUACUUGAUCCCAUUGUUAAGAACGGCAUCACUCAAUGCUUCAUGAAGACACGCCCCCCAUGCCGCCAAGACAGCAGUCUCGAACCCAAAUAACGACAUCUCAGGUCGCUCUGACGACGCCCACUAAUUCCAACCCACAAAAUUCAGCUGGGUCGGAAACAACUCAUGAGGAGCCUUCUUCCUCAAAUAGAGCAAGAGUACAGUCGUUCUACUCGGAAAAUGAGAGCAAGAUUCUCCUUCCCACAGCAAUGGUGCCAGUUGAACACAGGGGUGAGAUCUUCAAACUCAGAGCUCUCAUAGAUCAGGGUUCGGAACGAAUUUUUAUUUCCUCCAAAGCUCAAAACAAACUAAGGCUACCGUACCAAACUUCUAACUUUGAAAUUUCUGGCAUGGGAGGCAGAGUUGUUCAGACUUCGAACAAACUUUGCCAUCUCAUCUUAGCCUCCGCAGAUUUGACCACGAAAAUAAAGGCUCAAGCAAUAGUACUAUCCCAGUUAACGAAAAUGCUUCCAAAAUUCCAGCCAACUCUCGAACAACGAGAAAAAUGGUCUCAACUCCAGCUAGCAGAUACUAACUGCCACUCCCCGUACCAAAUUGAUCUGGUCAUUGGCAGUGACCUCAUUCCUGAAAUAAUGCUGGAAGGCAUUGAGAAAAUUUCCAAAAAUUUGCUUGCACAAAA